AUGGCUGCCGAAAUACUCUCGAACCAAAACGGUACCGUUGCUUACGACGGAGAUCUGAGUAAGGGAAACUCUAACCCUAACCCCUCCGCAGCCUCCAAGAAGGCCCGCGAGACCGAAAGACGUCGUAGGAGGCGCAAGCAGAAGAAAAACAAGAACAGGAAAAUCUCCCAGAAAGAAAAUGACGCGGUGGACGGUGGAGCUUCCGAAGCCGGUGACAGCGAUUCUGGCGAAGAUGAAACGAAGAACAGUUCCAAUCACCAGCAGGUGAUGGAACAAGUUGUAAUUGAGUACGUUCCUGAAAAAGCUGAGUUAGAUGAUGGUAUUGAUGAUGAACUUAGGAAGGUUUUUGAAAAAUUCAGCUUCUGGGAAGCUGCUAGUUCUGAGGAGACGGAUAAGAAGGAUGAGUCUGCUCAAGAUGCAGAUGCUAAGAAGAAGACCGAUUCUGAUUCAGACGAGGAGGAGCAGGAUAAUCAACAGAAAGAGAAAGGCGGCCUAUCAAAUAAGAAGAAGAAGCUACAAAGGCGGAUGAAAAUUGCUGAACUGAAACAAGUUUGCUCAAGGCCUGAUGUUGUAGAGGUUUGGGAUGCCACUUCUGCAGAUCCUAAGUUGCUGGUGUUUUUGAAGGCAUAUCGAAAUACUGUUCCUGUGCCAAGGCACUGGUCGCAGAAAAGGAAAUAUUUGCAGGGGAAGCGCGGUAUUGAGAAGCAACCCUUUCAGCUUCCUGAUUUCAUUGCUGCAACAGGAAUAGAGAAAAUUAGACAGGCUUACAUUGAAAAAGAGGACAGUAAGAAGCUGAAGCAAAAGCAACGGGAGCGUAUGCAGCCAAAAAUGGGGAAAAUGGAUAUCGACUAUCAGGUUCUUCAUGAUGCAUUCUUUAAAUAUCAGACAAAGCCAAAGCUGACAACUCACGGGGAUCUCUAUUAUGAAGGGAAGGAAUUUGAGUUUAAGUUGAGGGAGAUGAAGCCAGGCUCUCUAUCACAUGAGUUAAAAGAAGCUCUUGGUAUGCCAGAGGGUGCUCCACCCCCAUGGCUUAUCAAUAUGCAGAGGUAUGGUCCUCCACCAUCAUACCCACAUUUGAAAAUACCUGGCCUAAAUGCACCCAUUCCUCAUGGAGCGAGCUUUGGUUAUCACCCUGGUGGUUGGGGCAAACCUCCGGUAGAUGAGUAUGGACGGCCUCUGUAUGGAGAUGUAUUUGGAGUCCAGCAGCAAGAUCAGCCAAACUAUGAGGACGAGCCUGUUGAUAAGUCAAAGCAUUGGGGUGAUUUGGAGGAAGAAGAGGAGGAGGAGGAAGAGGAGGAGGAGGAAGAAGAAGAGGAGAUUGAGGAGGAGGAGUUAGAGGAUGGAAUCCAAUCUGUCGAUAGCCUUUCAAGUACUCCUACUGGAGUUGAGACGCCUGAUGUCAUUGACCUUCGUAAACAGCAGAGAAAGGAGCCGGAGAGGCCUCUUUACCAAGUGCUUGAAGAAAAAGAAGAGAGGAUUGCUCCUGGGACUUUACUUGGCACAACUCACACAUAUGUGGUUAACACUGGCACCCAAGACAAGUCAACUGCCAAAAGGGUUGAUCUUCUUAAGGGCCAAAAAUCUGACAGGGUGGAAGUCAGUCUACAGCCAGAGGAGUUGGAACUAAUGGACAAUGUGUUGCCUGCAAAGUAUGAAGAAGCUAGAGAGGAGGAGAAGCAACGAAGUCAGCGUGAGGACUUCAGCGAUAUGGUGGCUGAGAAUGAGAAGAAAAGGAAGCGUAAGAUGCAUGAGAAAGAAGGGAAAUCAAAGAAAAAGGAUUUCAAAUUCUAAGUAGACCAAAGAUUCCGACCGCGAAGGAGAAGCCGAUUUGCUUUUGUCAAUUGAGAGAACGAGGCCCUUUUAACAUUUGUGCUUAGUUAGAUGAUGUGCUGAAUUCGUUUCCCCAUGUGAACAUAUAUGCUUGUAAUAACAUGAAUAUAUAUGAAGAUUGACAGCCAAUCAUGAUGACAACCAUAAUCCCCACUUGCCCCGACCGUGUUUCGGCGAGGUAUAGCUUUUCCGGGCAGAAAUGAAACCGAUCCUGUAACUUGUUGAAGGGCAUCAGUAGAGCAGAGUGUGGAAUGCCUGCUGUUCUUUUCCUUAUUUGAAAUACUUGCUAGUCAGAGGUGAAAAUCUUCA